AUGACAACCAGAAUUGCAGAAACUUUCAAUGGUACAAGAGUCACCAUUUUGACACCAGUUCCUUAUGAAGUCGUUCUUGAAAGACUCAACAAAGACAUUGGCGGCUCUGUUCCCAUUGAAUCUCUUGGGGAGUUGGCUUCAAAAGGGCAAGCUGCGUGGACCGACUACUUUACUAAAAAGGUUGGCCGAUUCGGUUUCACGCAAUUCUACGAUAUCAAUCACACGUGGGUAUCAUUGUACGGAGUGGGAAAUGGACGGAAAAUGAAGAGAAUUAUCCUGGGAAAUCCUCUCAUCGCCAUCACUAUGCUUGAGCAUGACUUGAAUGCGGGAAUUUAUGUACCUGUGGAAUUAUUACUGAAGGAAAAAGAGGAUAGUGGUCAAGGCACUGAGGUGGUCUACUAUUUACCGAGCAGCCUAAUUGCAGGGGUGAAUAAGGACGAAAAGCUUCAAGUUGCAGCCAACAUGCUUGACCAGAAGUUUGAAGCACUGAUUUCUUAUAUCACCCAAGAGAUGAACAAGGAUGGUGAAGAACAAAAGAUACCCUGA